UGGAAGGAUAUUAACCGCCAUAGAUGCGUGACGUUCGCUAACAGGCUAAUGUUAGCAGGAUAGCUAGAUAUAUCUUAAUUCAACUAUUUGGCUAUUUUUUUCUCUCAUCGUCUGAUUGCAAGGCCUUUGCUUUUAUGGCUUAAAGGUCACCGCGUGGUGUUGAACGUGGUCUCGCUUUCGGUUCAAGUGUGAUCCGAGCGUUACGUUCACACGAUGUUACGAGCACAAGCAGUACAGAAAUGGACUUAAGUUCUGCAAACAAAUCCUGUCUAACCCCAAGUUUGCAGAGCAUGGAGAAACCCUGGCCAUGAAGGGCUUGACCCUGAACUGUCUGGGGAAGAAGGAAGAUGCUUACGAGCUGGUGAGAAGAGGACUGCGCAAUGACCUCAAGAGUCACGUCUGCUGGCACGUAUACGGUUUAUUACAGCGCUCCGAUAAGAAAUACGACGAGGCCAUCAAGUGUUACCGAAACGCACUAAAGUGGGACAAGGACAACCUCCAGAUCCUGAGAGAUCUGUCCUUGCUGCAGAUUCAGAUGAGAGAUCUGGAAGGCUACCGGGAGACCCGGUACCAGCUGUUGCAACUGCGCCCCGCCCAGCGAGCUUCCUGGAUCGGCUACGCCAUUGCCUAUCAUCUCCUGGAAGACUACGAGAUGGCAGCGAAGAUCAUUGAGGAGUUCCGGAAAACACAGCAGACUUCGCCUGACAAAGUGGACUACGAGUACAGUGAGCUGCUGCUUUACCAGAACCAGGUGCUGAGAGAAGCGGGUCUUUACAAGGAGGCUUUGGAGCAUUUGUCAAACUAUGAAAAGCAGAUUUGUGACAAGCUGGCAGUGGAAGAGACGAGGGGGGAGUUGUUAUUAAAGUUGGAGCGUCUGGACGAGGCCACGGAUGUCUACCAUCGCAUGCAGGAGAGGAACCCAGAGAAUUGGUCGUAUUAUCACGGUCUGGAGAAAGCACUCAAACCAAGCAGCGUGGAGGAGAGAUUCAAGGUCUACGAGGAUGCUUGGGAGAAGUUUCCAAAAGGCCUGGUCCCUCGCCGGCUCCCCCUCAACUUUCUUACCGGUGAGAAGUUCCGAGAGUGUCUCGACAGGUACCUGAGAAUGAACUUCAGUAAGGGAUGUCCGCCCGUCUUCACCACCCUCAAAUCUCUUUACAACGACAAGGAAAAGGUGUCAAUUAUCGAAGACUUGGUGGUGGGCUUUGAGACCUCCUUAAAAAGCUCCAGGCUGUUCAGCCAAAAUGACGACGGUAAAGAGGAGCCCCCGACCACGUUGCUUUGGGUGCAGUACUUCCUGGCUCAGCACUACGACACGGUCGGCCAGCAGACCCUGGCCCUGGAAUACAUCAACGCCGCCAUCGACAGCACGCCGACCCUCAUCGAACUCUUCCUUAUCAAAGCCAAGAUUUACAAGCAUGCCGGGAACAUCCGCGAGGCGGCCCAGUGGAUGGAUGAGGCGCAGGCUCUGGACACCGCCGACAGAUUCAUCAACUCAAAGUGUGCCAAGUACAUGCUGAAGGCCGGCAUGAUCAAAGAGGCCGAGGAGAUGUGCUCCAAGUUCACGCGGGAGGGCGCGUCGGCGGUGGAGAACCUGAACGAAAUGCAGUGCAUGUGGUUCCAGACAGAGUGCGCGCUGGCCUACAAGGCCAUGAACAAGUAUGGCGAGGCUCUCAAGAAGUGCCACGAGAUUGAGAGGCAUUUUGUGGAGAUCACGGACGACCAGUUUGAUUUCCACACCUACUGCAUGAGGAAGAUGACGCUGCGCUCCUACGUGGACCUGCUGAAGCUGGAGGACGUGCUCCGGAUGCAUCCCUUCUACUACAAGGCCGCCGUCACCGCCAUUCAGAUCUACCUGAGCCUCCACGACCAUCCCCUGACCGACGACAGCAAAGAGUUGCAGGCCGACACCGCUAACCUGUCGGACAAAGAGCUGAAGAAGCUGAGGAACAAGCAGCGGCGGGCCCAGAAGAAGGCCCAGCUGGAGGAGGAGAAGAAGAAUGCAGAGAAGGAGAAGCAGUUGAAGAACCAGAAAAAGAAGAAGGAGGACGACGACGAAGAGAUCGGGGGCCCCAAGGAGGAGCUCAUUCCCGACAAAUUGGUCAAGGUAGAAAAUCCACUGGAAGAAGCGGUCAAGUUUCUGAUGCCUCUCAAACACCUCGUCAAAGAUACAAUUGACACGCACCUGCUGGCAUUUGAAAUCUACUUCAGAAAAGACAAGUACCUAUUGAUGCUCCAAUCGGUGAAGAGGGCGUUUGCCAUCAACCCUGACCACCCGUGGCUACAUCAGUGUCUCGUGCGCUUCUUUAAAGGAGUCUCGGAGAGCAAAGAGCUGCCCGACGUGGUCCGGACGGUCUUGAAGCAAGAAGUCACCCGGCUGUUUGGCGACAGCAACGCCAAGAGCUUCAACCAGGCCUACCUCUCCAAGCACUCCAACUCCAUACCGCACCGAUUGGCUGCUGCCAAGAUGAUGGUGUAUAUGGACUCGUCGACACUGGCUAAGGCCGUGGAAUUGGCCACCGCGCUCGAUGAGUCGCUCAACAACAGAUCCAUUCAGAUCUGUACGGAGGUCCUGGAGAAUCUUCGGAACGGCUACCUGAGCGACUCGAAGGAGCGUGCCGAGUCAUACCGCGCAGAGUGUCACAAGCUUUACCCCUACACGUUAGCUUUCAUGCCCCCCGGAUACGAGGAGAACACCAAGAUCGCCAACGGAGACGUUUCCACAGAAACGGAAGAGCUAGCCAAUGAGAUGUGAGCAUGACCAGACAAAAGGGGGACGAGAAAAGGAAUGGGGCCUUGCACAGAGCCUUGCGGUACGCCCGGCAGUCAUUUUAUAGAGCCAGACACGCGGGAAGCGAAAUAGAUGUUUGGUUCUCCGGCUCGGCUUCACUUGGGUCUGACCCGGCAUGGCUUGGCUCUUUCCCGUAUGCUGAAAAAUCAGGACUGUGUGCGUGUGUGUAUGGAACGGCUGUGAAUGAGCCUUGAGCAUGUGUGCGGGUUUGUUUAUUUGUGAUAAAGGGGAGGACGAUUAAAAAAAAUGGCCAUUUUACUUUUUUAAUAUCGCAACCGACCACACUGAAUAUUAACGGGGGGGGGGGGGGGGGGGGGGACACACACAAGAGUUAUUGGCAAAUGUUGGAGUGAAACUGACCUGACUGGUUUCUCUGAGAUGACAACCACUGGAGUUUGACUCUGCCGCUUCCACCAGCCCAUCGGUUGUUUCUUUUACGAGCAAAGCAAAGUUAAUUUAAAUAAUAGAAAAGGGACUCGGCUGUCACUUGGGAGCAAUCGUGCGUUUGAUCCGAGGGGUCACCUGGAAUCCGAGCAGAAAGAUGUAGAUGAGGACUUGAAGUAGACGCUAAGGACAUCCAUCAAGCACAGGUGGAUCUGGAUCUGCCGCAACAAUCAUUUGAGCACCGGUGGGCAGCCCUUCCACUCCCCACUGCACGGCAGAGCGCCACCACGUGACCCGGAAGAAGGCCCGCCCACGCUCCCCUUGUCCUUUUAAUAUUAUGGUCUGUUACUACAGAGCGGCUCGUAGCAUCAAAUGGAAACUGCAAGGUUGUGUUUUGUCUGGUUCGAAAUACAGCGCCACCACCACUACUACUACUCGACAUGUUGACAUUUAGGAGAAAGUAUUGGAUCCAAGCAAUAUCACAGAUGACUCCUGUCCAUCAUUCAACGGGCAUGAUUUUACCUUUGGGUCCAGUGGUCUCAUCAUUAUUUUUUUUUUUCUGUGCGCAUCUACACUAGAACUCAUACAGGAAGGGUCUUCCAUCGAAAUCCAAAUGACUCUUUGGGAGGUCGGAAUCUGUCAUCCAAAACUGUUCCCCGGGCUCAAACGCGAUGCAAAAACUUCAGCACCCUAAAGUUGCUCCAUUUUGUUGAGUUGGCCCGUUUCCCUUCUUUCUUGCCCUUCUCUCUAAUUUGGGUUCAUGUGAAAGAUGAAAUCUGAGAUGGCAUUGUAAGAUAUCUCUGGAUUUUUGUAUUAAAACCAAACAAAAGUAAA